UCUUCCUCCUCUCAUUCUUUACUAGCAUUCAAACACUUGAAUGGAUAAUAUUUUAAGCUCAAGAUUCAUAAUCCCCAAUUAAAUAUUUGAUUUCCAGCCCGUGUUUCUGUUUAUGACGAAACAACCCCUGGCAUUUAAGCAAGUUUUGCUGCAUCAUUAUCUAUGCAUACUGCUAAUUCAAACCACAAUCUUUUUUUUUCAGCCCCUGAUCUAAACUCAAAAUGAUUUUCGAAAUUGCUGACGUACUAGUAAUUCGUACGGUAAUUAUGAAUAAGGGAAAAAUGAGGAAGAAGAAUCCAAGUUAUGUACUCCUACAGGAGUAAUAGAAGUGGUGCUCGCUGUCAAUAGUUGGACACUCUGGCUUCUGCAGAGUGGCAUUGAUACUGGAAGAUUACGAGUGUUCUCCUUCUGGACUUCCACACUUUCUUCUUCCACCCUCUCUCUCUUUCAAACUUCCCUCCUUAUAUGUACGAGUUUUCAGAAGACAAACAAGCAACAAGGAUAGACUUCUUGAGAGCAAAGUUACAAUGGAAACCGACUCAAUUUCCAAAAUGGUCAUUUUCUUCUUCAGCAUUGCUUUGUUAAUGGGCGCUCAGCUAAUCCAGUGCAGUGUCACUUAUGAUAAGAGGGCAAUUAUCAUCAAUGGGCACAGGAGAAUUCUUCUCUCUGGCUCGAUACAUUAUCCAAGAAGUACCCCUGAGAUGUGGGAAGAUCUUGUAAUCAAGGCUAAAAAUGCUGGCUUGGAUGUUAUUGAUACCUAUGUUUUCUGGAAUAUCCAUGAGCCUACCCAGGGAAAUUAUAAUUUUGAGGGAAGAUAUGAUCUUGUACGCUUUCUAAAGACGGUGCAAAAAGUUGGACUCUAUGUUCAUUUACGCAUUGGACCUUAUGUCUGUGCAGAGUGGAACUUUGGAGGAUUUCCUGUUUGGUUGAAAUAUGUUCCUGGAAUCAGCUUCAGAACAGAUAAUGAGCCCUUCAAGGUGGCAAUGCAGAAGUUCAGCCAGAAAAUUGUUGGGAUGAUGAAGAGUGAGGGCCUGUUUGAAUCUCAGGGCGGUCCCAUAAUCCUAUCUCAGAUUGAGAACGAGUAUGGAACAACAGAAAAAAGACUUGGAGCAGCUGGUUCGGCAUACUUAAAGUGGGCUGCAGGAAUGGCGAUUGGAUUAGAUACUGGGGUUCCAUGGGUCAUGUGCAAACAAGAUGAUGCACCUGAUCCAAUUAUAAAUGCAUGCAAUGGUUUUUAUUGCGACACAUUUUUGCCCAAUAAACCAUAUAAGCCCACAAUGUGGACUGAGGCUUGGAGUGGCUGGUUCACGCAAUUUGGUGGGACAAUAAGUCACCGCCCAGUCCAGGAUCUGGCAUUUGCAGUUGUUCGUUUCAUACAAAGGGGUGGCUCAUUUGUUAACUAUUACAUGUUCCAUGGAGGGACAAACUAUGGGCGCACUGCUGCUGGUCUUUUCGUUACAACCAGUUAUGACUAUGAUGCUCCAAUUGAUGAAUAUGGUCUGCUAAGGCAACCCAAGUAUGGCCACUUGAAGGAGCUUCAUACGGCUAUUAAAAUGUGUGAACCAGCUCUGGUUUCUUCAGAUCCUGCUAUUACUACUUUGGGAAGCUCUCAAGAGGCCCAUGUAUACUCUUCUGCCAAGGGUGGCUGUGCUGCCUUUCUCUCAAACUAUGACAGCAAUUCUGCUGCGAGGGUGACAUUCAACAAUAUGCACUACAAUCUUCCUCCUUGGUCCAUCAGCAUCCUUCCUGACUGCAAAAACGUUAUCUUUAACACUGCAAAAGUUGCAACUCAAACUUCACAUAUACAAAUGUCACCAACGAACACUCAACCACACUCCUGGGAGACCUAUGGUGAAGACAUAUCUUCUCUGGAAGACGGUUCAACUUUGACAGCUGUUGGACUUCUGGAGCAGCUGAAUAUCACAAGAGAUAACACUGAUUAUUUGUGGUACAUGACCAGCAUUGACAUCAGUCCAUCAGAGUCAUUUUUUCGGGGAGGACAAAACCCAACUCUCUUUGUGCAGUCAAGAGGUCAUGCAGUACAUGUCUUUAUAAAUGGAAAGCUAUCAGGAUCAGCUUACGGUACACAUCAGAGUAUUAGUGUUAGAUUCAAUGGACCUGUAAACCUUCUAGCUGGAACGAAUAGGAUUGCCCUGCUGAGUAUAGCUGUCGGACUACCAAACAACGGCAUACAUUUUGAGAAUUGGAACAUAGGAAUUCUGGGGCCAGUGGUGCUGCAUGGUCUUGACCAAGGUCACAAAGAAUUAUCGUGGCAAAAAUGGACCUACAAGGUUGGCUUGAAAGGAGAGUUAAUGAAUUUAGUCUCUCCAAAUGGGGUCUCCUCUGUUGAAUGGAUACCUGGGUCAUUGGUGGUCAAUGGUCAGCAGCCUCUAAAAUGGUACAAGGCUUACUUUGAUGCUCCAAUGGGGAAUGAGCCCUUGGCCUUGGACAUGAAAAGCAUGGGUAAGGGUCAAGUAUGGAUCAAUGGGCAAAGUAUUGGAAGAUAUUGGAUAACUAAUGCAAAUGGUAACUGUGGCACUUGCCAAUAUUCUGGAACAUUCCGAGUUUCAAAAUGUCAACUGGGCUGCGGUCAACCAACACAGCAUUGGUACCAUGUGCCCAGGUCCUGGUUGAAGCCAUCCCAGAAUUUGCUGGUGCUUUUUGAAGAAAUAGGUGGAGAUGCAUCAAAAAUAUCUCUAGUGAAGAGAGCAACUACAAGUGUUUGUGCUAGUGCGCAAGAGCACCGCCCCACCAUAGUAAAUUGGCAUAUUGACAGCAAUGGAGAGAGUGAAAUGCUUCGCCAGGCCAAAAUUCACCUGGAGUGUGCAGCAGGACAGACUAUUUCAGGCAUCAAGUUUGCAAGUUUCGGGACUCCUUCAGGAACAUGUGGUGCCUAUCAGCUAGGAACUUGCCAUGCAAAAAAUUCGCAUGCAGUUAUAGAAAAGAUGUGCCUUGGGCAAGAAAAUUGCAGGGCCACGGUCUCUGACAAUUUCUUUGGGUCUGAUCCGUGCCCAAAUCAGUUGAAGAGAUUAUCUGUUGAAGCAAUUUGUUCAACCUCAGUUUCCAAAUUUUCAGAUUCCAUUAUGGGGUGAGUGGUGGUAGAUUGUAAAGAAUAUGGAUAGCAGUAUAAUGAAGAUUAUUCACGUAGAAGAGGAACGAAGGGAGGAAAGAAGCAGUGCUGCUGAAGGUGGAUAAGGAAGAGUUUUGACUUUCCGGAUUGACAAAUUGAUGGACAGUCUUGAACCAUGGCCUUCAGUUGCUCCGAAGUUCACUGUAUCCCAAUUGUCCAUAGUUUUGGAGAGUUCAUUAAUUUUGGAGGGUAGGCAGGAACGAGCGAUAACUUGUUCAAAUAAGCCAUCAAUUCCAAGUGUAAUUAUUCUCCAGCAGUUUUGAGCCUAGUUGAUAGUCGUUUAAGAUCUCCUUCCUCAAAUUUAAGUCAUCUGAAAAUUUUCAGUGUUGCAACUUACAACAAUAUUCCGAGCCUCAAGAAAAUGAAGUAAUCCAGAAAAUGUCGUAUACUGAUUUUAGUAGCUGAUCUGUCUAAUUCAUCGGGAAACGGCUAAGAGGACCCUUUGUGCCGAUAGUUGGCACUUUUUUGUUGUGCAAGGCUGUUAUGAGCUUUAAUUCUCUU